GGGAGGCGGCGGGGAGCGGGGCCGCCGGCUGGAAGGUGCCCGCCCCGCCCCGUGCAGCCCCGGCCUCGGCCCCGGCCCCCGGCGGCCCCGCUCCCCCCGCCGCAGGGCUGCCGCUCCCCGGGGCUGCGCCGCUAGACACUUCCUCCUUGCGCUGGCACCGCCGGGCAGCCUGCUCCGCCGGCCCCGAGCCGGAGCAGAUGCUCAGCUGCUGUGGAGCCGAGAGGAGGAGGCCUAGCACCCUCGCUGGGGGCUGAGCCGGGCUUUGGCGCUGCCCGAGCCAAGCAGAAAACCCGUCUUCCUGCGUGCAAAACGCUGAACAAACCUCACGCCGCCUUGGGCAGCUGAAGUGCAGCGACAGGCAAGUGCUGAGGAGCCUGGCACAGCCCCCUGCGCCCGCUCUUGCUCCCGGGGCUUGGACCCCAGUGGGGGAGAGGGUCGGUGAGCACCGUGGGGGUCCACGCUGUCUCCUUUCUCCCAUUUUUGAAUAUGAAACCUUCCCAAGUGUUGCGUCUGGCAAAGUCUGGAUGUGGGAAAGGCUCUGGUUGUUUCUGUGAUGCGACUUCAGACCUCAGCGCGCAGGGGACCUCGCCAGGCUGGACUGCCACUGCGAGCCAGCUAUCCAAAGUCAGUCACUGAACCCGAAGCAUGUCUUGAGUUGCUUCUAGGAGGAUUGUCUGCCGGCUGCAUUUGUGGUGGUCGCUCCUCGUUAGAUCCUGUAAAGCGAACUGCUGGACCACGGCAGUAAAGGGAUUUUGAACCCCUGAGCUACCAGCCUUUUAAAUCGACAUGUAAGAAACUAACCUUUCAAACUGGACAAACUACAUUUAAUCCGGAUACGUGCCACAGAUUAAGGACAAUCCUUCCCUCUCUGCAAAGAAAAGUGAACUAGGGCCAUGUUGCACUGGAGGAGGGGCAGAAUAUUAUUUGCAAGAGCAGCAGUUAUGGGCUGACCCAUAAGGAUGCUCCAGGGCAGAGUGAAGCUAAUAGUAACUGGAGAUGACUUUGGCUAUUGCCCAUGGAGGAACCAAGGCAUCGUGGAGUGUUUUCUAGCUGGAGCAGUUUCCAACGUUUCUCUUCUAGUCAAUGGCAGUGCUGCAACAGAUGCAGCACAGCUGGCAAGGAGGCAUAACAUCCCAAUUGGCCUGCAUGCCAACCUCUCUGAGGGCUCCCCAGUCUGCGAAGUGCUCAAGAACAACUCCUCUCUGCUUAAUGAGGACGGGUUCUUCCACGGAAAGAUGGGGUUCCGGAUGGCUCUAGCAAAAGGCCUCCUGAAGAUGUCAGAGGUGAAACAGGAGCUAAUGGCACAGCUUGACCUGUUCCGUGAACUGACGGGUCACAUACCACACCACAUGGAUGGACACCAGCAUGUCCAUGUUCUUCCAGAGGUCAGGCACGUGUUCGCUCAGGUAUUAGAAGAAUACGGCAUCAAGUACACACGUGUUCCGAUAGAACCAGGCCUUCACAGCUGUGACUGGAUAGAGCCACCACUGAUGGAUUUUUAUCUGGGAGUAGAACAGGAUUCCUUUAACACGGUCAAUGUGUUUACAAGGCAUGGAAUAAGAUGGCCUGACAUUUACAUUGGUUUGAGUACCAUGGGCAAGAACAUGUCUGUCAAUAACAUUCAGAGUGCCAUCAGUACUGUCCUAGCAGCUUUCACUGCCAAGGAAAGCCCAUCUGCUGAUGCCAGGCCAUUUUCACAUCAAGAGGAACAAAGCAGAACAGUAACCAUUGAGCUGAUGGUACAUCCAGGGUACCCCAGCAUCCCUCCUGUUGGAGGUUGUGGAGAAGGACCAGAUGAUUUUUCACAGUCAUGGGAACGCUUGCACGAACUCCAGACUUUAAUGAAUCCUGAGUUACAAAGCUAUUACAAAACAAGAAACAUUGAGCUUUGUGCAUUUAAAGAUCUUUAAGCAAAUGAGAACAUACAGAUAUGUUUGUACUUUGCAAACUUGUAGCUGACAGUGUAUUAGGAAGCUAGGCCAGUUACCACUGUUUGCGUGUACCACCCUUGAAGGAUGAUGGGGGCUGCAAAUGGACUGGCUGCAGCAUAAUUCAGUGAGAUCAGGAAUGCCUGGACUCUCCAAGGCACCUUCUAGCAAUAUCACAGAGCAGAUAUCCCUGUCAGCUUUUCAAGCUACUGCAGCCAGUUUGAAAGCAGCGGAUUUCUUUUGUGCAACCAGUUCAUUCUAUACCAAGAUCUGACCUGGAAACCAAAUUUCUGCAGCUAUUGUGACAAAUAGCACAAGCACCAUGUCUAUAUUUCCUGAAAGCUUCAGUGAACAAACAGGGAUUGGUUGCAAUAAACAACAAGCCUGGAAAGCAAAAACCUGUGCAUGACACUGCUGGCCUGGAGUAAAGGCCUGGUAACUUUGACAAUUCCAGUUUGUAAAGUACUCACAUAUAUACAGAUUGCCCCAUUCUCUCUUCUCAUAGCAUCUGAUGAAAUAGGUUGUUGCCUGUGAAAGCUCAUGCAUCUCUGAACCAGAUAGUUUCUGAUUUUAGACUGACAGGGCUAAGCACCUCUCUGCAUGCUCCUUUCAUUCUUUUACUGACACUGCCUGACCCUUUCCAAUGCCUACGUGAUUAGAGAAAAGCUUUUUUUCAGACUAUUUCUUCCAUCAGAGUAAUUAGAUUGUUUUAUUAGAUUAUUGAUACCCUCACUUGUACCAAAUAUAGGUAGAGUUACUGUUGCUUCUAUUUAAGUUGUCUCUUGGCAUUAAGCCUUCAAAAGUAACUUCAGGGAUAGCACUGGAUAACUUUACACGAACAGCAACUGUUGACUCAUCUGCUGUUCCACAGUACUUGUUCUCUGCAGCAGUCCCCAUUGAGUUUUCAUGAGCAAUUUGCCAGGAUGUCCACUUGCCAAACAGGAGGGGAGUCUGAGGUUUAGAGAAGGGAGAAGUAAAAACCAAAAUGAAAGAAAAAUUUGUGACAGCUAUACAAGCAUUUGAAUUUCAACAGCAUGUACUACAGUCAAAGUUGCAUAGGGAUUUUUAAAAAUGUAACAAAUUACUGGUCUGUGACCUGAACAAUUCUCCUUCAGGUUUUAGAUUUUCUAUGGUUAGUUUCUGACAGAGUUAAAUAGUUUAAUUCAAGCCUGUUUUACUCAAUUGUUCUAUGACUUAUCAAAAAAUGCACUAUUUUCAAGUCUGACCAUCUUUUCUUUCCUUUGUAAUUACUCAAACAUUCCAACAAGGCUUUGAUAUAUCAGGAAAUUGUAACCAUUUGGAAAAUAAUCUGUAGAAAAAACAAAGUUUACAAGUGUUUGCUCAGACUACGGCUGCACACAUUUGGCUCUGAAAAGGCAAACUUUGGCUUCUGCUAACACACUGGAAACGUCUAAUAACUAUGGAAAAAUACGGAAUACUAACUUUUAUAUAUUAAGCAAUUCUCAGAUUGUUUCAUGAUAUUUUUUACCAACUCUCUGCCAAGUCCACAGGUGUAGAGUUUUCUGCCCCUGAUUCUAAUUAGUUUCCAAUACAGCAAGGAUUUCCACAAUGGUUGACACAAAUUAACAGAAGGAACUGAUUUGUAGCAUAUAAUUUCUCAAACUUAACUUUAUGGUAAGACUAGGCUUUCCUUUGGGCAGUAAAGUUUACAGGGUGUUCACUGCAAUAAAGCUGCAUAAAAGAAUAGGAUUGGAGCACUGCAGCUGUCAAUAAGUGCAGGCCAGGUGGUAAAGCACUGUUAGAAGUUUGAGCACCACCUAAGGGUGGUGAUAUUUUUCACAUGCAGUAAUACCCCUGAAGGCAAUGCAGAUUAUCUAAGACUCUCCAAUUUUAUAUAACAUGAGCUUGUUUUGCUAAAUAUCGCUUUUGUUCUGUUUAAAUGAGCACUUGUAUUCAAAGCUGUGAAGUUGCUUGAUCACAAUUAUCAGGACUUCCAUUACUUUUUCAUGUAUUGUACUUUUAUCUGUGUUCAUUUGCUGCUUCCUUCACACUAUGACUGAGCACUGUGAAAUCUGCGUGACUGUGGCCUUACAGUAAUUCAGUUUUAAACUGUGAACAUUAGUGUCCAUAUCUUUUUAAUAAACAGGACAAAGCCCAGGCUUUUAAAAACCA